GCACAGUUGCCUGGCUCCUCUGGCCAAAGGGCGCUCUGCUUCUGGCAGCUGAAGAUCCCAGUAGACAGCUUCUUAAACCAUGGCUUUCCCUGCAGGAUUUGGAUGGGCGGCAGCCACUGCAGCUUAUCAAGUAGAAGGAGGCUGGGAUGCAGAUGGAAAAGGCCCUUGUGUCUGGGACACAUUUACUCAUCAGGGAGGAGAGAGAGUUUUCAAGAACCAGACUGGCGAUGUAGCUUGUGGCAGCUACACUCUGUGGGAGGAAGAUUUGAAAUGUAUCAAACAGCUUGGAUUGACUCAUUACCGCUUCUCUCUUUCCUGGUCACGUCUGUUACCUGAUGGGACGACAGGUUUCAUCAACCAGAAAGGAAUUGAUUAUUACAACAAGAUCAUCGAUGAUUUGUUAAAAAAUGGGGUUACUCCCAUUGUGACCCUCUACCACUUUGAUUUGCCUCAGGCUUUAGAAGACCAAGGAGGUUGGUUGUCAGAGGCAAUCAUUGAAUCCUUUGACAAAUAUGCUCAGUUUUGCUUCAGUACCUUUGGGGAUCGUGUCAAGCAGUGGAUCACCAUAAAUGAAGCUAAUGUUCUCUCUGUGAUGUCAUAUGACUUAGGUAUGUUUCCUCCGGGUAUUCCUCACUUUGGGACUGGAGGUUAUCAGGCAGCUCAUAAUUUGAUUAAGGCUCAUGCCAGAUCCUGGCACAGCUAUGAUUCCUUAUUUCGAAAAGAGCAGAAAGGUAUGGUGUCUCUGUCACUUUUUGCGGUCUGGUUGGAACCAGCAGAUCCCAACUCAGUGUCUGACCAGGAAGCUGCUAAAAGAGCCAUCACUUUCCAUCUGGAUUUAUUUGCUAAACCCAUAUUCAUCGAUGGUGAUUAUCCUGAAGUUGUCAAGUCUCAGAUUGCCUCCAUGAGUCAAAAGCAAGGCUAUCCAUCAUCGAGGCUUCCAGAAUUCACUGAAGAGGAGAAGAAAAUGAUCAAAGGCACUGCUGAUUUUUUUGCUGUGCAAUAUUAUACAACUCGCUUAAUCAAGUACCAGGAGAACAAGAAAGGAGAACUAGGUAUUCUCCAGGAUGCGGAAGUUGAAUUUUUUCCAGAUCCAUCUUGGAAAAAUGUGGAUUGGAUCUACGUGGUACCAUGGGGAGUACGUAAACUACUGAAAUAUAUUAAGGAUACAUAUAAUAACCCUGUAAUUUACAUCACUGAGAAUGGGUUUCCCCAGAGUGACCCAGCGCCUCUUGAUGACACUCAACGCUGGGAGUAUUUCAGACAAACAUUUCAGGAACUGUUCAAAGCUAUCCAACUUGAUAAAGUCAAUCUUCAAGUAUAUUGUGCGUGGUCUCUUCUGGAUAACUUUGAGUGGAACCAGGGAUACAGCAGCCGGUUUGGUCUCUUCCAUGUUGAUUUUGAAGACCCAGCUAGACCCCGAGUCCCUUACACAUCGGCCAAGGAAUAUGCCAAGAUCAUCCGAAACAAUGGCCUUGAAGCACAUCUAUAGGCAAGAUGGCUGAGAAAUACAGGAGAGGCAUCUGCUUUUGGAAAGAAAAUCUGCUUUGGUGAUGAUCUUUCAGGCAAUCUCAACUUACUUCUUUAAUCAACAUUUAAUAUCAAUGGAUCUGUGAUUAAAAAGUCUGAAUAUGUAAUGCCUCGUGAAGUAUUUAAUAAUGGCCUUUACUUUAUUUGUAUUUGGAUCAAUGAGGUUUUUAAAAAAAAUGGAAGUGAAAACCACUAACCUUGAUUUUUGUAUUGCAAAAUCAGAUAGACCUGGAAACAUAAAUUUAAAUCCUUAGACAUUUUUCUAGAAAAAAAAUGCAAAGUUUAUAAAGAUAAUACAACCAUGAUUUGCAACUGUAACAGGAGACCAUUUAUUAUAAGCGUACCUGUUUGUGAACUUAAUUAUUCUGAUUCCAUAAGCUGUUUUUGCUUCGGUGAUCCACUGCCAUGUGAUCCAUAAUUUUUCUACAUAAAAAAUCAAAGUUAAAAGUCACAUUAUACAGUUAUGCAUUCAUUUCAACAAAAUAGUGAAUUGAUAAUCUACUUGUUAAUAUAUUCGGCCCAUAUUUUGUGUGUUUGGACAAGUACAUCUCCCUUUUGCCUAACGAACUUUUGAAAAAUAAUAAAAUAAUAGAAUAAAUUAGACUUUGAAUGGCAGAAAAAGUAUUUGAGUGUUGAUGCUCAGUAAAAAACAGAUUCCUAAUUUGGCAGAGUGGUGCCAAAUUAAAAGCCAAGUGAUAAGCAGGGCCUAAUUUCCACUUUUGAAUGUUUCUUUAAAGUUUAGAACCUUAAGAACCUCAUGAAAAAAAUACAUGAAGUGAAUGACCAACCUCAGUGUAAGCAAAGGUGGGGUGGGGAUUUAUUACCCCGGUAGUUGAAAUGUCUGAGAUUGGUAUGGGGUUGACUGGAAUUGGACAUUUUACUGAACUUCCUAAGGUAGGGGUCAGGAGUAGAGGCAGGGCUCCUUCUGGCCUCCAUGUCUCCCCUCCAGCAAACCCUUCACGUAUGUGGAGUUUGGCCUUUCACAUCCAUAUUUCAGUAGACUUUAGUAAGCACCUAGUUACCUAUUAGACUUGAAGCUAAGAGGUUUAACUAUGAUCAUCCCCAUUUUGCAGACUGAGAAACUGAGGCCAUACUGUUGUGCAUCUUUCUCAAGCCAUUUGGGUUCUGAUUAACUGGACUUGGCACUUCCCUUGGCAUCAGCCCUAUUCUCACAUGAUGGCAAACUGUAGUUUGAGGUACCAUGGAAGUCUUCUCUGCAUUUUCUGAAGAUAGGAACAAAGAAAUAGAGGUGUGGAGUUGCCUUAUGCAGGAGGAAGGGAAAAUGGUUUUUUGCAUGCAGCCCCUGCUUCCCUGAGGAAACUGCACAUGCUUUUGGCAUUCUUGUAAGGCUUUUGGCCCUGAGCAGAUGCUCUGUCAUUUUUUUUCUUUUAUAAACUGUGGUCAAUUUCUGGAUCGUUUUCAUGUUCAUAAUCAGGGAAUUAUUUACAGCAAAGAAACACACUCUCAGUAACUUUGGACAGAGUGAGAAAGAAAUGGUUGUAGUAGUUCAAUAAAUGUGGAUGCACUGGGGAAAAUUAUAUUAAGAUUAAAAUGGUAUACAGAGGAAAUUCUAUUACAUCUUUGCCACUGGUUUGUUAUUUUUAUUGUUCAAUGAGACAUUAUCUCACAAUUUGUGUUCAUUUAAGAAGCACAUUUCCGAAUCUUAUUUCAUUCCUUUCCUAUCCAGCCUGUCUUUUUCAUUUUUACCAUGUAUCUUAUUUACAAUUUAUGUGCCCUUUUGUAUUAUCUUGCAAGACAACUGAGUUUUCCUUUUAAUUAGGAUGUUGCUUCGAAUAUUACUUAUCCUACAGGGCAUAUUUACAAGUUUUACAACAAUACAAAUGAGCACUGUAUUUUUGUUACCAAAACCAAAAAAAUAGUAUUCGCACUGUAAAUAAGACGAUCUGUCAUGUUUGGUCUACCAGGUGAAAUAAAGAUUCUAGCUGCUGGCACCCAAGCGUACUUAUA